AUGCCACCCAAACUGAGCAAAAGUGCGAAACAGGAUCUGAUUCUGACUCACCUGCGCGCCACUGGGACCUGUCACACGCUCAAGGAUCUCGAGAAGACGCUACCCGCCGUUGCAUCCAUUAAUGGGAUCCAGGUUAAGGAAUACAUCCAAGCCCUGACGGACGAGAGUCAAGUCCGAGUGGAAAAGAUCGGCAGUGGAAAUUGGUACUGGAGCUUCAGCAGCGAUGAGAAACGCGAGCAUGAGCGUCAGUUGGCCCGGAUGAGCACGGAGGUGGAGAAGACCCAAAAGGCCUGCGCCGACGCACAAGCGGAGUUGGCUGUGGAAACCCAGCUCCGAGGCGAAGAAGCCGAUGAGGGGCAAAGGGACUCUCUGAUGGCCAGAAAAGCCGAACUCCAGGCGGCAGUGGAUUGGGUACGGAAUACAGAGGCCCAACUCACCGGCCGACUCAAUCCACUCAGCAACAAGGAUGCGAACCAGGUUCUGAAGGAGCUAGCGGGGUUUCGACGGGAAGCCUUCCAGUGGACGGACAAUAUUUACGUCCUGGAGGAAUACAUGCGCAAGCUGACAGGGGACCGCCAGAUGGUGGAGAUGAUACUGCGAGAAUACUACGGGGAUGAGUAUGUGGAUGGAGGACUGGCUGAGUUGACCGAGUGA